AUGAGUGGGAGGAUGGUCUCCCAACGCCUCGCUCCGCAACUGCGGAGGGGUCUGUUGUUGACUCGCCAUGCCAACUUUGUCGGAAGUCGGGGGACUGGCGGUCUUUUGCGUGUCGAUAAUGUUGCGGUCAGGGGCCGAGCAUGGCCGGUCGGUGCCAGCUCUAUACACAACAAUGUUCCCGCUGUACGAAAUAUCUCGUUUGUACGGAUCCUACCGCGAUUGGCUUUGAAGUUGGCGCGUAUUCCGGCAAUGUUUGGAGGAGCAAUGAUUGCGGGAGUGGCUUAUUUGCAAUACCAGGCAACUCAGGCCGGAAACUACGCGAUGGAUUUGUUUAACCAAGGCUGGGAAACCGCUGGCGGUGCUGCGUCGAAUUUGUUGCAAGGAGUCCAGGAUGUCGCAUCGCAGACGAGUCGUGGAUGGCAGCGAGUCAGGGACGAAACUGAGCUCCCCGAAUGGAUGCAAAAGAUACUUCGCCUCGAUGAACAGUCGCAAACUGGCGGAGAAGGAGAGAAUGGCGGAAACAAACCUCCAAAUGAUCACGUCGCCGCUGCGGCAGUCGGAGCAGCAGCAGGAGGUGCUUACGCCUAUGAGAAUACGGACGAUGGCGACUAUCAAACACGAAGAGAAGCAGACAACGAUCAGAUGAUGGUUUUAACUCGGAAAAUGAUUGAGAUUAGGAAUAUUCUGACCCAAGUUGGACAAUCAAAUACUUUGACGCUUCCAUCAAUCGUCGUUAUCGGAUCGCAAUCCUCGGGCAAGAGUUCUGUUUUGGAGGCUAUUGUUGGACAUGAAUUCCUACCAAAGGGCUCGAAUAUGGUGACUCGUCGCCCGAUUGAGCUGACACUAAUCAACACGCCGAACGCUCAGGCAGAAUAUGGCGAGUUCCCUGCAUUGGGGCUAGGGAAGAUUACAGAUUUUUCUCAGAUUCAACGAACGUUGACCGACCUAAACUUGGCUGUCAGCGACAAGGACUGCGUUUCUGACGAUCCGAUUCAAUUGCAUAUAUAUUCACCACACGUCCCCGAUCUAUCCAUGAUCGAUUUACCAGGUUAUAUCCAAGUUGCUGGUAGAGACCAACCGCCGGAAUUGAAGCAAAAGAUUUCUGAUCUCUGCGACAAGUACAUUCAAGCACCUAAUAUCAUCCUCGCCAUAUCAGCAGCCGAUGUCGAUCUGGCAAAUUCCACAGCUCUUCGUGCUAGCCGACGAGUCGAUCCGCGAGGCGAACGUACAAUUGGUGUGAUUACAAAGAUGGAUUUGGUGGAUGCCGAGCGUGGAGCCAGCAUACUUACUGAUAAGAAAUAUCCUUUGCGACUUGGAUACGUCGGUGUUGUGUCCCGUGUACCACAAACGACUACACUGUUUUCUCGCGGAAGUGGCAACAUCACAAAUGCGAUCGUAAAGAAUGAAAAGGCUUACUUUUCGGCACACCCAGGCUAUUUCGGACCGGAUUCGGAGACGUCGGUGGGAGUGCCGAUACUACGAGAGAAGCUGAUGAACGUUCUUGAACAAACAAUGGCACGAAGUCUCGCAGGCACGAGAGAUGCCAUCAGUCAAGAACUGGAGGAAGCUACCUACGAAUUCAAAGUACAGUACAACGACCGACCUCUGAGUGCGGAAUCGUAUCUGGCAGAGAGCCUGGAUAGUUUUAAGCACUCAUUCAAGGCUUUUGCUGAAAGCUUUGGACGCCCUCAGGUGCGAGAGUUACUAAAGCAUGAACUCGACCAAAGGGUUAUGGACAUCCUUGCUCAACGCUACUGGAAUAAACCGGUCGAGGAUCUUACACCCGCGCCAGUGGAAGUAGAUCCUCUGACGGACCUGCCGAAAGCGGACCCGGAGAAUUUAUAUUGGCAUCGAAAACUAGACGCUUCAACCUCGAACCUUACAAAGCUUGGAAUCGGCAGGGUCGCAACUACCGUCGUGGCUACUGCUCUGCAACAACAUGUCGAGCACCUCGUCGCGCAGUCCACAUUUGCAACGCACCCAUACGCGCAGAAUGCGAUUAUGGAGGCGUGCAACGGAAUUCUCAACGACCGCUUCUUCAGCACAAGUGAUCAGGUCGAGAAUUGCAUCAAGCCGUACAAAUUCGAGAUUGAGGUUGAAGACCCGGAAUGGGCCAAGGGGCGCGAGAGUGUCAGCAAAGUAUUGAAAGAAGAGCUCACAGCCUGCGAGAGUGCACUGAAACGAGUAGAAGACCAAAUUGGCAAGCGGAAGCUCAAAGAUGUCAUAUCCUUUGUGGACAGAGUACGAAAGGGCGAUGUUGUCUUGGACGGUAAUGGUGCGGGUGGUGCAGGAGGAUUCAGCGCAGCAUUACUCGAGAAGGGCCGAGAGGGUAUAUUCCUCCGCGACCGCGCCGACAUCAUCAAAAUGCGCAUGCUAGCCGUACGGUCAAAGCAAUGCGCCUCCUACAAAAACAAAUACUACUGCCCCGAAGUAUUUUUGGAUGUAGUAGCCGACAAACUCACCUCAACCGCCGUUUUGUUUUUGAACGUCGAACUGCUCUCGGAAUUCUACUAUAAUUUCCCCCGCGAACUCGACCAGCGACUAGGUCGCCACCUCUCCGACAGCGAAGUCGAACGCUUUGCGCGCGAGGAUCCGCGCGUCCGUAGGCAUUUGGACGUGAUCAAGAAGAAGGAAACGCUCGAACUUGCUCUUCAAAAGAUUGAGAGUCUGCGUCAGUUAGAAGGGAGGUCUAGAAACGCCAAUCGAGAAUCUAGUGCAAGAGAAUCCAAUGACAAGGAGCGGAAGGGGUGGUUGUUUUAA